UUUUGUUUACGUUUGGCGUGUGACCGCUGAUGUGUGUGUAUGUGUGCACGUAUGUGUCUGUAUGUGUUUCAGUGUGUAUAAGAGUGGCGGAAAGAGCGAAAAGAAUACAUACACAUAUAUAAAAACAUACCAUGUGAGAGAAAGAGAGAUAGAGAUACAGAAUGUGAGAGUGAGAAACUGAAAGACAAAACAUAGUGAGAUACAGAGGAGUGGGAGAGAAAAGGAACAAGAAAAAUAUAAUUAUGAAAGAGAGAGGGAAGGAGUGCGUGCGGCAGGGAAGGAAAGAAAGUAGAAAAAGAAAGACAGAUCUCAUAAAGACACAUGAAAAGUAAAAAAAAAAGGAAACAAAAUGUGAACAAGCGCCAAGGGAACUAAAAAGAGGAAGACAAAAGAAGGAAGACAUUGUAAGACAACAAUAACAUUUACAAAAAGGGGUUGAUUAAAAAAAUACGAGAAAGAACGAAGGACAGUUGUGUAAUUCAGAGCGACUGUCCCGUGAAAAGAUGGGGCCAGCCUGGAAGGUGAACACUAACUCUCCUUUGUCACAGGCCAGACCCACCGAAGACUUAUUCUGAGCCACCAGCAGUUCGGACCCGACUGGAAAUGUGCCUAUUUUUAAAGGAAUCCUGAAGAUCCUACAUUCUGUCAUCCAAGUUACACUAUGGAUGUCACUCAACCAGUUUUACUGAUUCAAUUCACAAUGGAUGUCAGCUACUGUUGGACCUUAUUAUGCUCCAGUACCAAGCAAAUCUGAUUGAAUGUAUUUUUGUUCCCUUAGCUUCUUCUUCCUCAAAAGAAAAAUGACUGAUAGUCCUGUCAGUAGAUGAUUUGACUAACAGCUCAGUGUACACACACACACACAUAUAUAUGUGUAUGUGUAUAUAUAUAUAUAUGUAUAUAUAUGCACACAUGCACUUGGAAAUGUUACAAUGCAUAAAUGAAACAGAGAGUACUCAAUACAUGACAUAGAGUAUAUUGUUUAUUUAAAUUGAAUUGAGGGGUUUUUUUUUGCUACUCAAGUUUCAAGUCACUAUGACUAUGUAAAAUUAGAUGAAUGUACUACCAAUUAAUUUGUGAAAGAUGAAAUCAAAAUUGUCUCUGAUUGUAUUUGAACCCUGAUCUGUAUGACUGCAAUUCUACUGCAGUGCUAAUGCUACUUCUGCUUCACAAAUUCCAUUACUUGCAUUUUGAAAUUCUAUUGAAAACCAACUCUCUACUGACUAUAGCACCUUCAGAACUACUUUGAUUGGUAUACAUAUCAAUAUAUAUAUAUAUAUGUGUGUGUAUGUAUAGAGGUAUAUUCUCAGAAAAAGUCAAAAUAUAACCCACUCUACAUAUUAAUUUAUAUAACGGAGAGAAUGUACAGAAUUAAAGAAUGGUAUUAUUACCAGUGUAUUAAAGUUCCAAAAACAACCAUAAAAAACUUAUACAUAUAGAAUUUAGAUUGAGAUUGAAAAACUGUAUAAACACGCUAUAUAUAAACAUAUACACCUCAAGAAAUAGCUUCUCUCAUAUUUAGUUGAUUGUGUAAGCAGAAAUUUCUUAUAAAUCAUUUUGUCAUCAUUGUCAUUGUUCAAAGGAAUUUGAUUUUGAGGUGUUCUGACCCUUGCCAAUAACUACAUGAUAGACAUUUGCAACUUCUCUAUCAAAGAGCUGAUUAUGUUCUUCACUUUGUCAUGACAGUAUCAUCUCUCCAAGACUACAUAACACAAAAAAAUUUAAUGGAGGAUACUUAACUAUAUUUGACUAAAAAUAAUUUAUAUUUUUUUAAUCAAAAUUUUGAGCUAGAAUUUUCAUAAUCAUCUUAGAGAUAUUUUUAUUCGUGAUUAUUCACAUAUUUCAUUAAAACAUUGUCUUCUUUAUUCUAUAAUAUACCAAAGAAAUAUCUUCCUAAAUUAGCUAAUUUCAUUUGAUGCCCAUUUAUUCAGAAUAUUUCAGAAAUACGUUUGACCAUAAACAGUGACAGAAUAUUUUGCCUUUUUCAAGUUUAACCCUUUUUCCCCCUCUGUUCCAACAAGUAUAAAUGAAAAGCUUAACUCUGUAAUAAGAUAUGGAAUAGGAAUUUUGUAUCUUUAGGGUCAUUGUUCUCAAAUGAUUCUAUCAGAUGGCAGGAAAUUUAGUCACAUCUCACUGAUUAAAUGUAAACCAGAUUUGGAACUGAGCUGAAUUUCAAACAAUAGUAUUUUGGUGACCUCCAGAUAUUCAACUUUAAGCUGUUUGUUUCUUAUUGAAACUCAUGAUUUUCUUGGAGGCUUUUGGUUUCAUAUAUUCUAUGUCACUCUGUAUGCUUUGAAUUAACAUGAAUGAGAAAGAGGAAGUUUAAAUCUUGCAGUCUUGUGGAUGUUAAUGGAAUGUUUUGGAAAGGAGUCAACUAACUUAUCCUACAGUACAAAUUUCUUCACUUGAAUGUUUUUCAAGUUCCUCCUAUUUGCUAUAUAUAUUGUGACAUUUUAAUUUAUCUUCAAUGUGACAGCAACAAAAUGAAGAUAUAUCAAUAAAUUGUCCAGAAACAAAAUAAGAAAGAUAAAAGAAGAAAUAUUCAACUAAAAAAAAUACUUGUUAAUUUUACAAGUAGCCAAAUCAGUGAAAAGAGUUUAUCUGAGGGUAUAAAAAUAUGGCUGAGAUGAAUUGUGUCAUGAUGAAUUCCCUGUAAGGCAAAGUUUUUUGACCGAUGUCAUUGACAUCUUCAGUAUUGGAACUAGUUUCCUUUGAGCUUAUAUAGGUUUCACCUGGUUUAUUUGAGUGAAGGAAAUUUCCAGUUGCAUCCUUUCAAUAACUAAAUUUAAUCAAUGGAGAUCUUGUGUGAAAUCAUAUUUGAAUAGCUUGAAGCUUUUCUUAAAUGUUCCAUCUUUAUUGAAUUUUCAUAACCAAAAGUAGAAAACAAAACCCUUUAAAUUUGAAGCUUUAAAAACAGAUCAAAAUAAACAUAAAAAAUCCUUAGUCAUACCCUUUCACUAUCAGCAUAACUUCCACCACAUUACCACCACCACCACCACCAUUAUUCUCAUAAAACUUGGGUUCUCAUUAUUGCUUGUAUAGACUAAACUGAAUGUAGUUGUGAAAUCAGAGGAAGAAAAUAUAUUGUUUAAACAUUCCUUAUAUGUAGCUGCUGAAUAUUCAUACAUGUAUCAUUACAUACAGCUUUCUACAUCACCAUCUCAAGAAACAACUCAUCAAGUCACAUCAUAAUAAACAUAUUAAUACUUCAUAAGUAACAUUUUGACCAGGAAUUUGUGGUCAUACUCAGGGAUUGAACUUCUUCACAUUACAUUUAUAACAACCUGUAGUUUUUCAUUUUAUUUUCGUCAUUAGUGCUAAGACCAUGCUGGGGCACUGCCUUCAUACCUAUUUUGUUAUAAACUCUCUCUGAAAUUGAGAUUAAAACACACAUACAUUAUCUCUUUCUCUUCAUAGUUUAGUCUAUUCUCAGACAAUAACUAUGUAUCCUUUCCCAAUAUAUGGGGUGCCUACCCAAAGAAAUUUCUGCAAUCGAACAUUUGCAUUGUCCCCGGCCAACUUAAAACAGGAUACUUCAAAACUGAUUCAUUCAAGUCCAACUAUGGUUUCCUCAGAAUCAGUCCUGUCAACUUCUCAAAACUGUAAAACAUCAGCUAUGAAAAUGAACACCAAGCUAAAUUCCAGCCAAGCACCAAAUCAGAUUGUGGGUGGACAAAGCAGUAAUAUGCCUUACACUCCACCUAAAUUAUUUAAAUGUAAUACGUGUGAAAAAGUAUUUGCGCAGAAAGUGAACCUCCAAAAUCACGAGAGGACUCAUACUGGUCAGAAACCCUAUGUGUGUCUUGUAUGCUUAAAGGCAUUUAGUCAACGUACAAACCUGCGCAAUCACGAACGUAUACACAGUGGGGAGAGGCCAUACAUUUGCUUGGUGUGUUCCAAAUCCUUCAGCCAGCGCACGAACUUACGUAAUCAUGAGCGAAUACACUCUGGCGAGAGGCCUUACAAAUGCUUAACGUGUUCAAAAGCGUUCAGCCAGCUGACCAAUCUUCGAAAUCACGAGAGAAUUCACACAGGGAUAAAACCUUAUACUUGCUCUGUAUGUCUGAAGUCCUUUGCCCAGCAGGCAGAACUCACUUGUCACGAAAGGGUACACACAGGCAUCAAGCCAUAUACGUGUUCCUACUGCCUUAAGGCAUUUAGCCAGUUGACAAAUUUACGCAAUCAUGAACGGGUUCACACCAAAGAGAAGCCUUUUCACUGUAUGAUGUGCCCAAAAGCAUUUAGCCAACGAACAGAUCUAAGAAACCAUUUACGCGUCCACACAAGAGAAAAACCAUUUGCAUGUACAGUUUGCCCUAAAGCAUUUGCCCAGCGAACAGAUUUGAAAAACCAUUUACGAACACAUUCGGGGGAAAAGCCUUAUGUGUGCUUGGUCUGUGGGAAAGCAUUUAGUCAAGUGACAAAUUUACGAAAUCACGAACGGAUUCACUCUGGGGAAAAACCAUUUGUAUGUUUAACUUGCGGGAAAGCUUUCUCACAGAGAAGCACUUUAAAGAAUCAUGAGCGAACCCAUGGUUUGAAAUUGUUGAAAGAACAGCAAUGUCAGAAUGAGGAUAAAAAAUCAAAUAUGAUAGAUUCUCUUCAGGAAGUCACUAGAAGUGAACAGUCUCCCACAAACAACCAAAAUGGUUACUGUUCUUCAAAAGCAAGCUCACAACAUCAUGAUAAAACUAAUACUACCACCACCAACAACAAUAAUAACAACACUAACAACAACAACAAUAGUGUUGCUGUGGAGAUGCCUACAGCACCAUCAAACAGUUCUGAUAAAAAUCCGUUGCUCUGCUGCAUUUGCAAAAAACAGUUUUCACAGAAGUCACAGUUCAAUAACCAUGUGUGUGUUCAGGGCUCAAUGGAUGAAGAAAUAUUUUUUCAGCAAGACCCACGGUCUAUGGCAAGCAAACAGCAGAAUACAAGCAUGUUUUCAAAAUGGAUGAAUGCAUGCAUACAACAACAGCAACAACUUCAGAAAGAGGCAUCUUCUGGUACAAGUUCUUUGCCAACAUCUUCUUGCAAUGAGAAUAGUAUCACAUCACCAAGUUCACAUCUUGAUUCAGGGCUUGACAGCUUAUGGCUCCUGCAUGGACCGGAUGCUAGCAAUGUUGGUGCUGCGAGUGAUCUACAUCGACAGAUGCAGAUGUCUUCAUCAGCUAUGAAGUUUCAACCAGCAGCCAUUCCUUCUCUGAUGGGUUCCACCUAUUUGCCGCCAAUGUCUCCAGGCUGGGGUAGUCACUAUGGUUGGUCAAGAGGCUUUCCCAUGGCAUCACCUAGAUGGGGUCCACUUACUAAAAACUGUUCAACAUCUGCAUCUCAAGAAUUGAAACAGAAUAAGCAGAAGGAACCUAAAUGUUGCCAAAAAGCUGCUUCGAAAAGCAUUUCUUCGAAACUUCGGCAAAACAGCAGUUCUUAGGUCUGACUGCAAGUUAUUAAACAUUACCUUUCCAGCUAGUGCAGAUGUAAUUAUGAAAGCCAAGUCAUUCAUGUUUGUGACACUGGAUAACCCCUCAGCAGUUGGCCACUUCCUUAAAAUUCUCAACGUCUACGAUGGAGAGAAAAACCAAUCUCCUUAUGUUAGAGUUUGAAAAUGUGAAUAAAUAGAAACCAUAGAGAUUGUUUCAUCACUUAUACAGAUUGCUCCACUCUAUCUUUUACAAGAAACACCAUCAAAGGAUCCCCAAUAUCAGACAUGUUGCAAAGAUUCUUUUUCAAAUUCAUACUUGAUUUUUUAAAUGAAUUUUUAGAAUGUGGUAAGAUAUCAACUCAUACGUGUGAAUGCAUUGCACACACACACACACACACGCAUGUUUGGCCUCAAAUGUGUGUAAAUAUAUGUGUGUGUAUAUAUACACAUACAAAGACAAUGUUAAUGUUUUACACUCACUCACAAUCACACAUAUGUAUAUAUAUAUUGUAUUUAUGUCUAAUGUAUAAGAUGUAUUUAUAUAAUUUAGAAAUUAUAAUUUCUUUUGACUAGGUAUAAGGUGCAGUAUAAUUUAGAAAUAAAGCUUAUAUAUAUAUAUGUAACUUAUGCCAGCGUGGAUAAUGGAUGU